AUGGGCUUUGAGGAAAUGUGGGGCUUUAACCGACAAACAAUAGCGGUCUUGCAAAUCGCAUUACCUCAAGUCAUUUUUGAUUGCGUUUAGGGAAACGGAAGAAAUAAGCAGGGCCCUUUAACCGAGUUAUUUUACGGCCCUGAAGACGAGGAAGCAGCGAAAAAGUCUAACAAUAUCCACCGACUCCCAAGUGAAUAAUAUUCAGGUCAGUAGUAUUGGCUGAAGGACCGUGUAAACGCGGCUUGUAAAAGGAUCCCACCGUGGUUGGUCGUAGUGUAUAGAGAGGAGCCUACUCUGCUCUCCAGGCUCCUCAGCCAUGGCUCUGCUGGCCUACCUGAAGAGCCUGUUCAUCCUGCAGCUGCUGAUGGGCUUUGUGUUUGUGGUGAGCGGCCUCAUCAUAAACUUCAUUCAGCUCUGCACCUGCAUCCUCUGGCCGAUCAACAAGCAGCUCUAUCGCAGAAUCAACUGCCGGCUCUCUUACUCCCUCUGGAGUCAGCUGGUAAUGCUGCUGGAGUGGUGGUCGGGCACAGAAUGCACCCUAUACACCGACCAAGCUACGGUGGACAAGUUUGGUACAGAGCAUGUCAUCACCAUCCUCAACCACAACUAUGAGAUCGACUUCCUGUGUGGCUGGACCAUGUGUGAAAGAUUCGGCGUCCUAGGGAGUUCAAAAGUGCUAGCCAAACACGAGCUACUGAAGGUCCCUCUGAUCGGGUGGACCUGGUACUUCCUAGAAAUAGUCUUCUGUAAAAGAAAGUGGGAAGAGGAUCGAAAGACUGUCUUCAAAGGACUGAGCAGGCUCAAAGACUAUCCUGAAUAUAUGUGGUUUCUGCUGUACUGCGAGGGCACCCGCUUUACAGAGACGAAGCACCAAAUCAGUAUGCAGGUUGCAGAGAGUAAAGGCCUGCCCAAGCUCAAAUACCACCUACUACCCCGAACCAAAGGAUUCACCACCACACUGCAGUGUCUUAAGGGCACAGUAACUGCUGUGUACGAUGUGACUCUCAACUUCAAGGACAACCAAACUCCCACUCUCCUGGGCAUUGUCAAUGGCAAGAAAUACAGAGCUGACAUGAGCGUAAGGCGUUUCCCUGUGGAGGAUAUACCAGAUGACGAGAAGGAGUGUGCCAUCUGGCUGCACAAGCUCUACCAGGAGAAGGAUGCAUUACAGGAACUCUAUAAGAAGGAAGGCAAGUUCCCCGGACCCACAAUAGUCCCUCGCCGCAGGCCAUGGACGCUGCUGAACUUCCUGUUUUGGGCCACCCUGCUGCUUUCGCCCCUAAUCAACUUUGCUUGUGGAGUGGCUGUCAGUGGCUCCCCCCUCCUCAUCAUUGGCUUUAUCAUCUUCCUCAUCAUAGCCUCCAUAGCUAUCCGCCGCCUCAUAGGGGUCACCGAGGUGAAGAAAACAGGCUCCAGUUACGGCAACCAGGAGGCCAAGAAACAAAACUAAAGUGUGUCACCCCCCUCCGUGUACGUCCGUUUCUGUACGGUCGCCCUGCGGUGUCUCACCACUACCCAACUCCAUUCUCCUCCUACUGUUGAGUCAGUUGGCAGGUCGGGGAGGAGACCCAGCUGUGAAAACAUAAUAGAGACCAGAGUUAGAACUACUAAUGGCACUAGAGUGAGAGAGAGAGAGAACAUGGAAGGUCUGAGGUUCAAGCUCUCUGGUGUAACACAGAACAUAAGGAGGGGGAGAUGCAGUACUGUAUUCCCCUGCAUCUUUCUUAAUCCAGCUAGCGACCCACUGUCCACCUCCAAGUCCCAUUAAAUCCCGGUAAAACCCAAGGUUAAGCUCCUAACCUGUCUGAGGUCACAUGGACAGCCAGUCAGCCCAUUUCCUGCUCUGCGCUACCUACCUCCACUUCCUGCCAGAGUCAUCAGCCAAUCAGAACACAAGCCGAUCCGUACCUGAUCUUUUAAAUCUUAGCCAUCCAGGGGAAGUGCGUUUCUGCAACAGCAAUCUGUAACAUGCAGGACAUCUCCCUCCCUUGUUUUCACUAAGUGGGACUUGUAAUAGGAACCGGUGCCUUGAGGCCCAGCCUAGUUUCCUUAAUCUUAAAGGGUCGGUUCACCUAAAUCACAAAGCAUUUACCAUUUAACUUGUGGGUAUGUGGCCAGGUGGAUAGUGUGGGGUUUUAUGUGCCCAGGGUUUGAGAUAGCCUGCACUGACACUUCUGCUGCCGCUCCAACACAGUGUAGGUGAAUUGUGGUGUGGUUCAUGGUGCUCAAAUCAUAGCAAAACUACAUGUGAAACACUCAACAGAAAUGUGUUCUGUCCCUUUGGACAAUUUUCAUCUGCUGUAUAUGUCAGAUGUGAAAAAUAGGAGCAGUAUCAUUGGAUUAUCCAAGUAUUAGGCGCAUUGUUUCCAGAAAGAAACGUUGCUCUUGAGCUUUUCAAAUGUAAUAUUAAAUCAUUUGAGCACCACCAGUGACAUUCAGUUCACCUCCAUUGUAUCGGGUUAGCAGCAGUAGUCUCAGGGCAGACACCUCAAAAUACAAAUCCCACACCAUCUCCAGGGCUCGAUAACGCAAGGGUUAAGUGGGAAAAUCUUUUGUUGUUGUUGUUGUUUUUUUUCCAAAUCUCAUGAUCUUGGCGAACUGACCCCUUAACAUCUUGGCUCAGAAAAGGCUGGUGUCUGCUAAACUACAGCAAGGGCUCUGAAUGUGAAAACCGUCCUCAUCAAGGACACCUACCAUCUGUUACAGGUCUCAUUUGUAGCCCGCAGCACCAACACCCACGGAUUCAUCCUGACACAUUUUAAAUGAUUUUUUUCCAGUUUUUAUUCCUGUUUUCACGUGCUUUACACAAAUAGGAAUUUGCAUACAUAUUACUGUUCAUUUUUAAAACACAAUCGCUCUCUUACCCGCUAAAUGUGAUGUUAAUUCAGCCAGCAAUCUUAGUCCAAACACUGAAGCUGUUUCGACCUACCAUCCGCCCCCCCCUCCUCUGAUGCCAGGGUUGACAGUCUAAACGCCGUGCACACUGCUCUGUUCUGCUUCUGCUGUUGAGUUUCAGUGGAACCAGAUUCUCGAUAAAGGUCACCAACUGUCUCCACGUAGCCUCACAGCUGUUAGCAUAUAAUUUCUGUGUCCAGAUAUAGACUGUAGUAGUGAUGUUUUAACCUUUGCCUUAAAUCAAGCUUGCUCAGGCAAGGGAUUGCUUAUUCGCCACCCCUUUAAAACAGCACCCACCUCUUACCUCUGCGUUAUGUUUGAAUAUUCAUCCUCUUCCUUCCAUUAAAGUGCAUGAGGGAGCAGUAUGCAUUCAUUUGGUUUGAUUACCAAAGCGAAUGAGUAAUUAAAACAACAUUUUGAAUCUUUAAAGUGGAAAGCUUGAAAGUUGUUGGUUUGUUAAAGGCGUCCUCGUACCUGUACAUAGUCGUUAGUUAAAGGAAGCUGCUUACACAGUGUCCUGGCAGCUUUGUUUCUCUGGAAGUCCUAGCCAUUGUCGGUGCACGGCUCCCUACAUUUCACCAUUUUAGAAUCAGUCAUCCCACAGCUGGUUGUUUUUAACUGCAACAAAUGAAACGUUAGCUGCUGCAGUACGUGAGUGAAUCUCUUCCAGUGUCACAAGCCACAUGUUCUGGUCCAAAAUGCAAACAACGGUAGCAAGACAUGGAGGGGAUUUUUCGUGUCCUGCUCUCUCCUCCCCUCCCCCCACCGCUCCCGUGCCACAUGUAGUGUUAAUCAUUUGUUGGUUUUAAUUUAUCACUCCUCAGCAGCAGCAUGUUGUGUACUUCCUCUCUCUGUAAAGUUCUCUCCACCCAGACAGAUUUCAUGCAAGCCUUAAUAGACAGUGCUGCUUAAUUUUUGUGUGAAAAUGUAGAAGCUAACUGAGCCCCUGUGGUAGUGAAGGUUGAUUCAAACAUGUUCUCCAGUGUCGUAAAGCAAGCUGCUGGGAUUAGUUGCCAGGCGGCUUUGUUCUAAAGUUUUAACAUUAAGAAUUAAAACGAAAUGAGAAUGGAUAAAGUUUGCUCUUAUGCACAAAGAGCUCUGUUUGUAAUUAAUUCUCAUUGUUACAAGAAGAUACUUUGAAUGGCUUUGCCUUUAAAUAUUUGGUUAAAGCUUCAGUAUCUUGGCCUGUUAUCUUUUUCCUCAAGAGAGCUGAUCAGAUACGAAUGCAGUCCAACUCAUCCUGUCAUUCAGUAAAAAUCAUAGCCCAAAGCAGAAAGGAUGCUGAGAAGUUCAGAUAGGUAUUUGGAAGAACUUUUUACACUGGAUGUUUUUUUAUUCAGUAAAGAAAUACUACUGUAACUUGUGGUUGUUGUUUUUUUCUGACGUCUCCAAUGGAAUCAAAUAACUUUACAAACUGACACCACGUAAUUAAGUUUUUUAAAAAUCAAAGAUAAUUGAGUUAGUGGCACCUCUUGAGUCAGCCUUUGUUUUGUUUUCUAAGGCUAUUUUUAUGGUUUCUUCGAUUAAAACACUUGAGAAUAUUAAAGGAUUUAAUCACAAAGC